AUGGAUAUCCCGAGACCGCGAAGCUCUGGCUUUCCAGCCCCGCGCCGCGUCGUAACCGCUCCUGUCCCACAGUCAACCCCGCAGUCACCUUCAUCUCCGCAAGUCAGUAGCGGGCUGGUCGACACGCUUUACGUUCAUCCGAAUGUUAAGAUUGUUUCCUUUACUGCAACCGGCCGGUCCCUCUCUGUCGGCCCGCGCACUGCAUCCGUUCAUGAAGUCGAGCCCGGCUCACUUCCGUGGACUAGCCAACUUGAGCGAACUAUCGCAGUCGGUUCGUUCAAAAUCUACCGCGCUCCCGGAUCUGUGGCAUUCCUUAGCUGCGGUUCUGCCCUCCAGCCAAUCCUUCCCAAGAGUCAGGCCUGGUGUGUCGAUGUCGAAUCAAGCAAGUUCGUUCUGCAGAUCCGCCGUCCUCAGUACUGGAGAAUUGAAGUCCCGGUAAAGGAGGAGGAAGAAGUCCGCCUGGCUUUACAACUACGAGAAGUGUUCGAUGCCAUCUUGCUCUUCGAGAAGACCCCAUGUCCUUUUCAGAGACCAUUCACCGUCGAACUUCCAGAGCUCCCGAAGACACCUGUUAAGAAGCGGCCAUGGACCCCUGCUCGUAGAUCGAGCGCGUCUCUGCCGCUGACACCGGUCACUUCAGUUGAAAUUGCCCGUUUGCAUCAUGGAACACCCAGAGGGUCGUUCUGCGUGAGCGAUUUACGGUCAAAGAAAGAGGCAGCAAAGGCUCUGAGUGAGCACGGAAGGCGCCUUGCGGUUCCUGAAGAGGAGGAAACAUCUGGAGGGGAUAAGCCCACUUCCUCACAGCCUAUUGUUAUAACACAGCCCGAAGCCAGGAUUACCAAGCCUAUCGAGACCUCGAACGUACCCAGAGAACCUCAACGAAACCAAGCAUGGUUAUCAGUUCCACUUCCUCCUUCUCCCCCUCUCUCAAGUCCCGGCUCGCCCCUUUUAUCCCGUCUACCAACCACACCCGAGAUUCCCGAGGCGCCGACAUCCCAAGAGGAGACGCGUCCCGAAGCCGAGACUUCACAGGCAUCUAAGAGAUGGAGUGUCGCAUCUUCCGAUUCCAAUGCUUCAUCCGAGUACAGCGUGACUACGGCGCCAUCGUCACUUCCCGACAUAGAAGUUGAAGUGUCCUCUCCGGAGCUAGAGAACACUUCAACCACCAACAUUACAGCACCUACCCAGAAUGAUGAGAUAUUGAAUUCGAUUCAGCAAUUGACCGGAACAUCCACGACAUCUACCAGAGAGCAGUCAUCAUCUGCUCCAUCCACAGCUCUACCCCCUACCCGCCGCCCCGUCUACCGUCGGGCAACAACAAGCAGCAGCAUCUCUCCAUCCCGUCGUGCCCUUACUCCUCUUCCCUCAGCCGCCGACCUGUUCGUUCCCCGUGCGACACUGCUCAACGCAACCUCUACUAAUGAGAGCUUGGCCACGAGCACCGCACUGGUGGUCGCUAACCGUCCGCUCUACACAACAGUCCUACACAAGCUCAUCUCUUCUCCACCAGCUCAUCUCAUCAGCCUCAUGCUACGUGUUGCUUCUCGGAUUGCUGCAGGCGAGUGGCGUGGUCUGGUCCUUGGUAGGGGCGAGGGCGGCCAGGAGGUGAGCGUGCAUUGGGAUUGGUCGGAUGAUGAUGAUAUCGGUGACGACAUCCUUCGCCGGGGUAGGAGACGGAGAAGGGUCGUCUGGGAUCAGCCGGAGACUCCUACUACUCCUUCUGGAUGGCAGGCCAAUGAUGGGACGAAUGUCAAGGACACACCGUCUAAGGGUGGCAGGACGUUUUGGGGUGAUGAGAUUGAUGAUUGGUGGGCUCAGAGGAGAAAAGAAGGCAAGGGGAAAAUGGCUGGAACUUUCCCGGAGAGCGACGAAGAAGAUGAUGAAAUCGGUCCGAUGGGCGAGCGGAGGAGCAGCAAGAGCAGGAGCAGGAGUAGUAGGCGAGGACGUAGUGGCAGCGAUGGGAGCAGGGGGCGGACUCGGUCAAGGACGAACUCCCUGCUCCUUGGUCUCGGCCUGAGCCCGGAGAGCGAUGAACUUGAGAAGAGGGCUGAAGAGGCGGCUGCUGCUGCGAACGAUCAUGGCUAUGCCAUGCCUGGUGAUUUUGAAUGGGAAGUUGAUUAG